ACAAACACAAUACACACAAACAUUUGUCAAUUAUAGCGCUAGCUAGGGUUGGAAGGACAGUUCAUUCUUCGAUACUGCUUCGAAGCCCAAAGAGAGAGGAGGUUCUGAGUUUGGGAUUCCAGCUAAAUUCCCAAGCGAUCAAUUUUCCCUCACCAGACAGUAUGCUACUGGAUGAUGGUAAGGAGAACAAUUAUUUGGUGAGGUGUCCCAUUUAAGAAAAAAAAAUCAGAGCUUUCAUAUAAAUCAGAGAUACAUUUGGCGGAAAGAGAUACACAUGGCUAGUUUGUUGUCUGGUGAUCCUUCACAUCAUGGAAUGCCUGAAGGUGGGCCCUACAAAUUUUCUCAGGAGAAGCCAGAUGAUGGUGGCCGUUGGUAUUUCUUUAGGAAGGAAAUAGAAGAAAAUUCCCCAUCCAGAGGAGAUGGCAUUGAUUUGAAGAAAGAGACUUACCUACGCAAAUCAUACUGUACAUUCUUACAAGAUUUGGGCAUGAGGCUUAAAGUGCCUCAGGUAACAAUAGCCACUGCAAUAAUUUUCUGUCAUCGUUUUUUCCUUCGUCAGUCACAUGCAAAGAAUGACAGGAGGACUAUCGCAACAGUAUGUAUGUUUCUUGCGGGGAAGGUGGAAGAAACUCCUCGCCCAUUAAAGGAUGUUAUACUUGUUUCUUAUGAAAUUAUUCAUAAAAAGGAUCCUGCUGCAGUACAAAGGAUCAAGCAAAAGGAGGCAUAUGAACAACAAAAAGAACUAAUUUUAUUGGGAGAGAGGAUUGUACUUGCAACUCUAGGUUUUGAUCUUAAUGUGCAUCAUCCAUAUAAGCCCCUUGUUGAGGCAAUAAAGAAAUUCAAGGUUGCUCAAAAUGCCCUUGCUCAAGUUGCAUGGAAUUUUGUCAAUGAUGGGCUGCGGACAUCUCUUUGCUUGCAAUUUAUGCCCCACCACAUUGCAGCAGGUGCCAUUUUCCUUGCUGCCAAGUUUCUCAAAGUAAAGCUCCCAUCCGACGGUGAGAAGUGGUGGCAGGAGUUUGAUGUCACCCCGCGCCAAUUGGAGGAGGUUAGCAAUCAAAUGCUAGAACUGUAUGAACAAAACAGAUUACCGGCUUCUCAGGCAAGUGAAGUAGAAGGAAGUUCUGGUGCUGCGGUUAGUCAUCGAGCCCCUUCAAAAGAUCCUUAUGACAAUGAUGAACAUGCAACAAAUAAUAGUAAUUCUCAGGGUGGAGGUACAACUUCAAAGCCUGGAGCCUUGAAGCCAGCAUCAUCUCGGUCUGUCCCUGAUCAUUCAUACGCUGAUAGUCAUGGUGGGGUUUCGAAAACCAUCCAAAAUCGAAGCAAUGACUAUGGAAGCACCGAGAUAAAGAGUGUUUCAGACCAAAAAGGUGAUGGUGAGGUUGUUAAUCAACACCAUGAAUCAGAGCAGUCACAUUACCAGGAAAACAUGGAGGAAGUCCAAAAUUCUAGGUUUGGUUUGGAAGGACACAGUGAAGAAGAUCAAGAAAGGAACAAUGCUGGGAGACGUGAAACAAGAGAAGCCCAUGUCCGAAAUGUGGAGCUGAGAGAUGGUACACUUGGCCAGUCACCCCAAGAAGCUAUGAAAAAGAUUGACAAAGACAAGGUAAAGGCAGCACUAGAGAAACGGAGAAAGUCUCGUGGUGAUGUAAGUCGGAAGACAGACGUGAUGGACGAGGAUGAUCUCAUCGAGAGGGAACUGGAAGAUGGUAUUGAAAUGGCUGCGGAGAGUGAGAAGGUCAAGCGGGAGAGGAGGCAAAGCUGGUCCAAAUCUUCGAACUUGCCAGAUCAUGAGAAUACACAUCAAGGAAUGAAAGGGCAGUCCUCACAUGGACAAGAUUUUGAGAAUGUGGAAGAAGGUGAGCUGGCGGGAUUCGAUGAUGCUGGCCAUGGAUAUCGAUCACCAAAGUCGAGCAAUCGCAAGAGAAAGGCGGGAAGCCCACCAGACAGACCACUGGAGGGAAAGCAGCAGCGGCAUGAUUAUGUAGUUCCUGGGGCCCACCACCAUAAUCACCAUGUAUUUCCAGAAGAUAGAAACAGGUUGGGCAGAAUUGGAUACUCAGAACGGGAUCAAAAAAGGCAUGUACCGGAAAGUCAUGUCUAGAAGGUGGUUACUGCUUGCCGGAGCGUGUCUUUGUAGCUUGCUGGAGUGUUCAAGUCUCUCUUGAUUCAGCCGCCAACAGGUAAUGAUUUCUAUGGUCAGGAUUAUUUAAGUACAAAACAUGGAGUUAAUUUUUCAGGCUGAUAGUUUGGUUUGUGCUUUCCCUAAGCUGGCUUUGGGAAAUUUGUAUGAAAGGAACUAUGGUGAUUAUCCAAGUUCAGUGGAUUUGUGGUGUUGGCUGUUGUUUUCUCUGGUUUUAAUCUCUUCAAAAUAUUUUAGACCGUGAAACACAAUUCGAUGAUGAGGUGACAAUUAUGAUGAUGAUAAUCUAUUGAGGAACUUUAAUGAUUUAAAUAGAGGCAGUUUUGAUGUUCUUUUCAAUUGUAUGUGCUGUACAUACUGAUAUUCACAGUUUGUUCUG